AUGUUCUUCUACAUUGUCUGCGCUCUUAUUCUACUCAACGCCUUCACAAGUGAAGCGGAACCGUGCGUGGAUAAAGCGGCGGAGACGAAAGCAGGCGAAAGAUUUUGUGAAUACAUGCAAACACCGCAAGCAGCCGACAAUGAGCCUCCAUGCAAGACCCCAAACUAUCACGAGGUUGCGAAGGAAUACUGUGCUAAGUCGUGUGGUCUUUGUGAGUGA